CUCGUAGUAGAACCCAAAAAAAAUCGUAAAAUCUUUCCUGUCAAAAAAAUUAAAAACCGUCACAUAUUCCCGCAACUGCUUAUCCCGUCGCGAACCGGUGAAAUUCGGCUGAAUUUUACAUCAUUCAGCCGGCAAUCGCAUUUAGCCGGUAAGAUUAGCCGGAAAAUGACAUCUCAAAUCUACUCCCACUCUAGAAACAUCAAAUUGAAAAAAAUUAGGUCUUCAAAUUUGUGAGGGAAAACUGUGAGGGAAAUUCACCCAUUUAUGGAUCAAUAUUCUUCCGACGUGAAUAAGGAAGCCGAAUUUUGGAAGUGGGCGGAGUAACUUAAGUGCAAAGGGUUUUAAAUCGACUUAUUAUUGGAUUUUUCCAGGAAUGUGGUAAUGGCACUGAACGAGGGGGAGAGUGGGAGCGUGGUGGGCGUUGUCCACGAUCAAAGUACUGGGAUGGAUGGUGUCAUUAAUAAUGAUGAGGGUGUUCAUGACGUUGGUCCUGAGGAUGUUGGAAAUAUGAGUGAAAGUGUGACAAGUUGCAAUCAGCUCAGCGCUACAGAAAGAGAUGAGUGCCUAACACCGACGAGUGCAGUGCACAAUGGUAUGUAUUGUCAUUCUCAGAGAUUGGAGGCUCCAAGUGUAGGGAUGAUAUUCCCAACUUGGGAGGCAGCUGAUAAUUAUUAUCGUAUUUACGGAAAACAACAAGGUUUCGGGGUGAUAAGGCCUUCGGCAGGCUUUAGCAGGGUGCAAACAAAGCGGAAGAUAAAUGUAUUAUGGAAGUGCGAACGUGCUGGAAAGCCAAACAUCAUUAGCAAAAGUAGGCGGAAGAAGAAUGAACAAAAAGAUGAAUCACAAUUGGGAGAUGAUGUUGGUACAGAACCAAUACAAGUUAGAACAACUAAGAAGUCAAGGAAGUCCAAAAAAUGUGAAUGUCCGGCAAUGAUGUAUGCUGGUGUGAAUGUUGAUGGAGAAUGGGUUGUUCGGAAGGUAGUGCUGGAGCACAAAAACCACAGUCUAACCCCUGGUACAAGGUUACAUACUUCGCAACUUAACCAAGCAAUGCCUAAGCUGUUAUUGGUCUCACAAACCCACGAUGAGAGGAAUGGGUUGAAUGAGAAGCCCAAUACUGAGCUGGACAUGCAUAACAAGAACGCUGGGGAUAAGAGAUUGAUAACGUUGGAUGAGGAUAGUAAUGCCAUGAUGAAAUUCUUUGAGAUGAUGUAUAUGGAUAAUCAGAACUUCUAUCAUUCAUUUCGACAAGAUGACACGGGAAAGUUACAUGAUGUAGUAUGGAUUGAUGCUCGGUGUAGAGCCGCAUACGAAGAAUUUGGCGAUGUUGUGUGGUUGGAUACGACAUAUAUGAUAAAUGAUUAUGAUUUGCCACUUGCAACUUUUGUUGGGGUAAAUCAUCAUGGACACACAAUACUAUUUGGUUGUGCAUUGAUUUCCCGUGAAGACGUGGAAACAUUUGAGUGGGUUUUUUCAUCUUGGCUGGUUGGUAUGGCCGGUAAGGCACCAGGAGGAAUUCUAACAGAUGAAACGGAUAUAAUAAGCAAGGCGUUAGGGAGAGUCAUGCCAGGUACAACACAUAAGUGGUGCCUGUGGCAUGUAAUUGAAAAGAUUUCACAGAGGUUGGGUACACAAUGCAAAUAUAUUGCUAUGACAACAGAGUUAAAGGAUAUCAUAUAUGAUUCCUUCACUGGAGAUGAGUUUGAGGAGCGGUGGAAGAUUGUGAUUGACCAAUACGAGCUUGCAGAUGAUACUUGGCUCACCAGACUGUAUGAAGAGCGAUUGAUGUGGGUGCCAAUAUACAAUAAGGACACCUUUUGCGCCGGAAUGAGGAAUACUCAAAGGGUUGAAAGUAUGCAAAGUUUCUUUGACGAUAAGUUACCGAAUUCAUUGAGAAAUACUGUUUUUCUAUGGAAAAGAGGGUGGAGUCAGAGAUGGUUGCUGAUGCUAAUUGUGCAAUGUAUGGUCUGGCAACAGAUUUUUCAGUCGAGCAAGUUCUCCAGAAACUAUACACAUACACUAAAUUCAUGGAGGUUCAAGAGGAGUGCAAAGGGGUGUUGUAUUGUAAUGGUCGUGGAGAGCAGCAGUUGUCAGACAGCUUAUUACUGCACAAUAUAG